GCGCGAGCGGGUGCUCAGUUCCCAGGCUGUGAAACGCUUUCCCCUGACUUCCAACACUCUGCCACCGCCCGCACGCGAGACCGGUGACGUCACUAGCCUGCGCGCACCGUCGCCUGAACUUAACCGUCACCCAGGGAGCGCGGCGCGGAUUAGUAGCUGCACAGUGUGUCUGUCCCCCCCACCCCGCACCGGGAGUCCUUGGAGCACCCUGUCCCCGCCGGCCCUCCAUUGGCCCCCGUGACUCCCUGGAAUUCCGCCCUCUGAGCCCGCCUGCCCUGCCCCAGCGGGUGUCGUGCCGUGGUGACCCGGGAGGAGCCCGCCGCGGGUGAUGUCGGAGGGCUGGGAGGAGCAGCGGCCGCUCGGUGGCCCCCCGGGGCCGGAGGAGGAGGAGGAGAGCUCUGGCUUGGCGUUGUGGGUGUUGUUCGCCUGCAAGCUGCUGCUGAACGGAGCGCUGCUCGCGGGGCUGGGGUACGGGGCCUGCCGGCUGUACGGCCGCUGGAGGGGGACCGGGGCCGGGGCGGCCAGCUCGCUACCCCGCAUGAAACGGAGAGACUUCAGCCUGGAGCAACUGCGGGACUACAACGGGGAGCACAACCCGCGCAUCCUGCUGGCCGUCAACGGGAAGGUGUUCGAUGUGACCGAGGGCAGCAAAUUCUACGGCCCGGGUGAGCAGGGCAUGGGGGGGGCACUCCGGGUGAGCAGGGCAUGGGGGGGGCACUCCGGGUGAGCAGGGCAUGGGGGGGGCACUCCGGGUGAGCAGGGCAUGGGGGCACUCGGGUAGCAGGGCAUGGGGGGCACUCCGGGUGAGCAGGGCAUGGGGGCACUCCCGGGUGAGCAGGGCAUGGGGACUCCCGGGUGAGCAGGGCAUGGGGGCAAUCCGGGUGGCAGGGCAUGGGGGGACCCUCCAGGUAGGCAGGGCAUGGGGACACUCCCGGGUGAGCAGGGCAUGGGGACUCCGGGUGAGCAGGGCAUGGGGGGCACUGCGGGUGAGCAGGGCAUGGGGGGCACUGCGGGUGAGCAGGGCAUGGGGGGCACUGCGGGUGAGCAGGGCAUGGGGGGCACUGCGGGUGAGCAGGGCAUGGGUGGGGGGCGGCACUGCGGGUGAGCAGGGCAUGGGGGGGGAGGGGCACUCAAUGGUCAAUGGGGGGCUGUGUGCCAUUCAAGGAGGGCGUGAUCAGAGAGCAGUAAGGAUAAGGACAUAGAGGUUGUCCAAGGGGAAGAGUAGGAUAGAGUGUAGAGCGGCCAGGGAGCAGACACGCUUAGCUCACUGCUAGUUAACGGUGCGCCGUCACACUGGCCGAGUCAUCAUAGGAAAUAUAGUUCAGAAUCAUCUGCAGUUGCAAAGAUUAGUUAAGCUUCUGAUUCUGUAGUAAAUGAUAGGAUAGUUGUUAAAUGCCUAGAAUGUCAGUUGACUAAGUGGGGGAAGGUCAUUCUGUAAACAGUUUGUGUUUGUUUGUUGUUUUUUUAUUGGUUGAAAGUCAUUCAUCACAUAACAUCAUUACUCCAAUGAUUUGAAGUGGUCAUUUUGGUAGGAGUAUGUAUGUGCAGUGUAUCCUGCUUGAAACACUACACAUACAAAAAUAUUUGUAAUUGUGUGCUGGGGGCUAGUUGCCCACCUGCAAACGUUACUUAAAGGGACACUGUAGUCACCUAAACCACUACAGCUGAUUGCAUUUGUACUGCUGAGUAAAAUUAUUCCCUUCAGGCUUUUUGCUGUAAACACUGUCUUUUCAGACAAAAUUACAGCCUAGUGAUAACUCCACUGGCCAUUCCUCAGAUGGCUGUUAGAGAUGCUUUCUGGGGCAGUGAUGCCAUUCAGUGUCUCCACCCUCUGCAUGCAGACACUGAACUUUCAUCAUAGAGAUGCAUUGAUUCAGUUAAUCUCUAUCAGGAGAUUCUGAUUGGCCAGGGCUCUGUUUGACUAGUGCUGGCUCUGCCCCUGAUCUGCCUCCUUGACAGUCUCAGCCAAUUAUGUAUGGAAGCAUUGUGAUUGGCUCAGACAACCAGUUAUGAUUAUGUCCGCAUACAACAAUGUCAAUUUUGUGCAUAAAUUACAUCUGUUGUCAGUGCGUACUGCACCCUGUCAACAGACAUGAAAAUGUUCUCCUUGCAGACAGAGCGCAUGCAAAGGGAGGCUAGUUCUCCCCUCCCUCUAGCCUCUAUUUGUGCACUUUGAUCUUUUGGAGAAAAAAAAAGGUUUUUCCCACCAGUCCAGAGCACGCACAUGCGCUCUGAAGCUGGAAAAUAGUUGUCACAAAUUCUCUAAGAAAAGCCUGGGAUUAAACUGUGCACCACCCCAGUGACGUCAGGAAAGGGCAUUGAAAAGUAGCGCCCAGUUCUGGGUUCAGGGUAAGUAAAAACUAAUUGAAGUGGUCUGGGUGCACUGUCCCCUUAACCCUGCAAUGGGUAAACAUUGCUGUUUCUAAAAAGAAAAAAAAACCACAGCAAUAAUUCCCUUGCAGAGUUACGACUGCCUCUAGUGGCUGUCAUUUAUACAACCACUAGAGGCACUUCCAGGUGGCUAGGCAACUUUGGUUGCCUAACGGACGCUGGACGUCCUCAUGCUCUGCCUGAGGAUAUCCAGUGUCAGGCAAUCACCCGUAGGAAAGUAUUGCAGCAAUGCUUCUCUAUGGGGAGGACCUAAUGUGCUCACGGCAUUUGCUGCGCAUGCACAUUUGCCCCUUCCUUCAGGAGCAGGCAGAGUGCCGAAUCAGGUAACCACAAUAAGAGUAUUUUAACCCUUACUAUUUGGGGAGGGGACGAAAGGGAGCUAUAGUGCUUGGAAUACAACUUUGUAUUCUUAGCAAUAUAGUGCCCUUUUAAAUUACGUUGUUUAUGUAGCCCUAAGAAACACCUCACCUCAGUGAAAUUCAAACAACUUUUUUCUUUUUUUUUUUUGCAUAAUGUUUAGAUAGGAAAGUUAGAAUUUCAUAUCUGCUGCUCUGUUAAUUAAUUGCUUAAGUGUGCAAAAGCCUCCUGUGUGUAAUUUAAAGUUCAUUGAAUAGAGCAGGAAGCCAGAACUUUUAAAGUGAAUCUCAUGAAAUGAUCAUUCUAAGCACCAGCCCCAUUACAGCUUAAUGUAGUUGUUCUGGUGAAAGAGACGGUCUAUCUGAUAAAAUGCAGUGUUUUUCAUUGUUUCUAAGGACACCCCUUGUGGAUGAGAUAAGUUAAAAAAAAAAGCAAUUUCUUUAGAAUGAUUCUGCUUAUAGAAAUAUGACUAUACACAGCACUGCUACUUGACAAUGGACUUAAGGUGGUCAUGGUGCCUGAAGUCUGUAUGUGCAGUUUUCUGCUUUGAAAAGCUACAAAUACAGAUAUUAGCCCCUUAGCUGUUAAAGAUGUAACUCCCUCCUGUCAACUUAAUUAGCCAGCUCGGAAUAAAGUCCAGCCCCUAUCUUUCCAUGACUUUCCUUCUUUGGCAAAAGGAGUGAAGUCAACAGAGGAUUGGGCUUCAGGGUGAACAUGGCCUCAGUGCUGGAACAGAGGUGAGUGGUUUUGUUUAUUUUGUUUUUAUUUAUUUAAAAUCCUUUUGACGUUCGACUUUUUCUCCUUAUUGAUUAGACAUUUACCAUAUACCCAUAUAUAUUGCAUCUUGUGAAAAAUGCUAUAAACUGAUAUUCAUGACCCAGACGUUUGCGUACAUGAAGAUAUUAGCUGAAUACUGUUCAGCUGCUUUGAAUGAAUCAAAUGCCUAUUAAUCUCUAGACAGACAAAUCAAUUUGCUCAUGUUUUAUGAACAAAUCAGUUAGUUAAAUGAAGAUCUCAUAAGAUGUUGCAUAUAAUUUUAGAUUCAAUUUGCUUUUAGGUGAUGUCAUAGCUAAUCUAUGUAUUGGUAUAUACUUGCUCCUUAACCAUCUACAGCGUCUACAGGUUAUAUGUUACUCAUUGGUGACACUAUAAUCAAGAUUUCUUUUUUUGUUGCAGAUAUUCAGAUGUGUGUAAAUAGAUUAUAAUGUACAAUCAGUAUAGCUAACUUCUUUAUAUUCAUUUUUGUUCUUAGAUGGUCCAUAUGGAAUAUUUGCUGGCAGAGAUGCAUCAAGAGGGUUAGCAACAUUUUGUAUUGAUAAAGAGGCCCUUAAAGAUGAAUAUGAUGACCUAUCAGAUCUCAGCGCAGUGCAAAUGGAAAGCGUUCGAGAAUGGGAGAUGCAAUUCAAAGGUACAUUGUGCUACAGGAUUUGUUGUUUCCUAUUUAUUUAAUUGUUCAUAGAGGUACCAUAUGAUCUGAGCUAUAAUGGUCUCAUCUAUUGGCCAACUCUAAAGGGACACGAUAACCACUAGAUAACUUCAGCUUAAUGGGGUGUUUUUGAUGUAUAGAUCAUGUCCCUGAGAUAUAAUGUUUAGACUUACUUUUUGCACAGUCUGUUUACUUCAGGAUUUCUUAUCUCUUACUCUGUUAAUAGCCUGCCUGCGCCUGCAGUAGCUGUCUGUGUGCGAUUAAAGAUUAGCAUAGUAGGAAGUGUGUGUGUGUGUGUGUGUGUGUGUAUGUGUGUGUGUGUGUAUAUAUAUAUAUAUAUAUAUAUACACACACACACACACACACACACACACACACACACACACACACACCACCCCCACAUCCGGAGUCAAUAGUACACGUUCUGAUCAAAACAAAAUGUAAACAAAAAUGGGAAUUUGCGCUGUAUGUCUGUUCAACCAUAAUUCACCUCUUUCCCAUUAAGUGCACCCACUCUUAUUAUAUAUCAUUUUGUUCAGGAGAAACAGGGCUUUCAUUUCAUAUCAAAUAUUUAUAUAUGAAACAUAAUUUAUUAUAAAAUAAAAAAAAAUGUGAGAAAUUUGAAAUCUUUAAAAAAAAAAACUUGUAGUUCCGCCUCACAUUUUAGCUGUAAAUGUCAUAAUACUGUUAGCUUUUACUGCAAAAAGAGCACAUAUUUAGAUUCAGCAGAGUAUCACGAGUACAACAGUACCCCCACACUAAUAGUUUUUUACGUUGUUUUGGAAAGUUAAAGGGUCAAAUAUAGCACAUUCCAUUUUUCAGUUUUUUCACAUUGAAAUUUGCCAGAUUAGUAAUGUUACCUUUGAGACCGUGUGGUAGCCCAGGAAUGAGAUUUACCCCCAUUAAGGCAUACAAUUUACAAAAGUAGACUACCCAAGUUAUUGCAAGUGGGGUAUGUCCAGUCUUUUGUAGUAGCACUUAGUCACAAACACUGGCCAAAGUUAGCGUUCAUGUUUGUUUUUGUGUGAAAAAAGCAAAAAAACGAAUAUUUGGCCAGUGUUUGUAACUAAGUGGCUACUAAAAAUGACUGGACAUACCCUGUUUGCAAUACCUUGGGGUGUCUACUUUUGCAAAUGGUAUGUCAUCAUGGGGGUAAUUCUUAUUCCUGAGCUACCAUACGGUUUCAAAAGGCAUCAUAACCAAUCUGGCAAAUUUUAAUGUGAAAAAAAAUGAAAUGUAAGCCUUAUAUUUGACUCUCUAACUUUCGAAAACACCAUAAAACCUGUACAUGGGGGGUACUGUUUUACUCAGAAGACUUUGCUGAACACAUAUAUUAGUGUUUCAAAAUGGUAACUUGUAUUACAACAAUAUCAUCAUCAGUAAAAGUGACGUUCGUGUGUGAAAAAUGCAAAAAACGUCACUUUUACUAAAAAAAUAUAAUUGUUGUAAUACAAGUCUCCCGAGUAAAACAGUACCCCCCAUGUACAGGUUUUAUGGUGUCUUGGAAAGUUACAUGGUUAAAUAUAGUGCUUGCAAUUCAAAUUCUCUGCACUUGCCUCGGUUGUCAGGCAUGUCAAUCAAAUUUUAACUAAUUAAAUUACAUAAUUUAUGUUAAAAUAUUACUUAAAUAUACACGUAGAAUUUUAAUAUAUAUAUAUAUAUAUGUAUGUAUUUAAAAUCUACGUGUACACUUAUGUAGUUAUUUAUGUAAUUAUAUAUAUAUGUGUGUGUGUGUAUAUGUGUGUGUGUGUGUGUAUAUAUAUAUAUAUAUAUAUAUAUAUAUAUAUGUAUAUAUAUAUAUAUAUAUUAGUAUUAAAAUACACUUAGAAUGACAUUACAUACAUAUAUAUGCAUUUAAUUUAUUUUAACGUGUAUAUUUUUUUUUAUUUUUUAUUAUUACUACUUCUCACCAGCAGGGGGACUGUCUGACACUCCAGACAGUCCCCCUGCUGGCAGAUCCACAGCCAGCUAUUGGGGCCUCAUUUGCCGUGGGAGGUCUGCCUGGGCUGUCAGGCAGCCCUCCAGAAAAGGAUCGCGGCGGAGGUAAGUAAAUUGGAGCUGCUGGGGCUGCAAGCCGUUACGGCGUUCUAUGCCGCCGCAACGGCUUUAAAGCCCUUUUAAUGCGGGACGGCAUAGAACGCCGUAAUAAGUACAUAUAUUAGUAUUAAAAUACAUUUAGACUGAAGUUACAUAUAUCUUAGAGAUAUAUAUAUAGAUAUAGAUAUAGAUAUAGAUAUAGAUAUAUAUAGAUAUAGAUAUAUAGAUAUAUAUAUAUAGAUAUAUCUAUAUCUAUCUCUCUAUCCAAGUAGAUGGCUGCACUCACGGUUUUGUAUAAAAGUCCAAAGUUUAUUGAAGAGUCAUAAAAAAGCUUGUGAUCAACGUUUCAGUCCUUCCAAGAGGACUUUCUUCAGGAUCAUAAAAGCAAACAUCAAACAUACAGCGUAUUUAUAUAAGACAUAAUUAGUUAAAUUGAACAAAUUUAAGUGGAUAAGCUUACCCCAGGUGAUUGUUGCCGUCUAACUGGCGUCCCAGUGCCUCGUGUGCGCAUGUGCAAACAUGCUCCGUCCCACAUAGUGACGUCAUAUAACGCCGACGUGACCGUCCGUACCCAUAGCGACGCAAGCAUGCAAAACGUCGCUAUGGAGAUAGAAUGAAAACGGGCGGUUAAGAACCGAGUGAUUAUAAAGGCACCACGGUUAUAGUGAUCAGUAUGGCUGAUAUUUGUUUACAUAUUGUGUAUUCAAAAGAGUGAACAGACUAGUUAGUGAUGUCAUUAUAAAAGAUAAUGAAUAAUUAUCCUAUAUUAUAGUAAUCUGGCUAAAUGCCAUUGAAUGAAUAAUUAAAAGUGCAACGUACAAUUAAAGUGUUAAGAUUGAAUUACAUAAUAGCACCAAAUCAAAUAUUAAGUGAAUAAACACAUGUGUAACAAGUGAGUAUAUAAGUUUAAAGUGACAACAUUAUUAAAGUGCUGAUAAGUGCUUAACGUGACAUAGUGCUAAACAUGCUAAAUAUAUACUGCACAAAAAUUAUAAGCAGUAUACAAUCUUGAAAUAUUAAAAAACUAAUUAUAUACAUAUUCUACAAAAAAGCCAUACUCAUUGAUAUACACAUAGAAAAUCAAUCUGAGAUAUGCAGACUAGUGUGCUAUUAAAGCUAAACACUAUAUUGUUAACAAUUAUAGUUAUAUUGGUAAUAUAGUGUUUAGCUUUAAUAGCACACGAGGCACUGGGACGCCAUUUAGACGGCAACACUCACCUGGGGUAAGCUUAUCCACUUAAAUUUGUUCAAUUUAACUAAUUAUGUCUUAUAUAAAUACGCUGUAUAUUUGAUAUUUGCUUUUAUGAUCCUGAAGAAAGUCCUCUUGGAAGGACUGAAACGUUGAUCACAAGCUUUUUUUAUGACUCUUCAAUAAACUUUGGACUUUUAUACAAAACCGUGAGUGCAGCCAUCUACUUGGAUUUUUGUGUACUUUGGCUAUAUAUGACUGGCACCCGGUCACAAAGGGAGGUAUCAGCGUGAGUGCAGGAAUUAUUUGUGCAUCCUCUCCCUCUCCCCCCCACCUAACUGUAUUUUGUUAUUAAUAUAUGUAACAAAAUACACUUAGAAUGACACUCUCUCUCUCUCUCUCUCUCAACAUAAUUAUGUGAUUUUAUUAAUUAAAAUUUGAUUGACGUGCCUAAGAACCCAGGCAGAAAGUUCAGAGAACUUUCGCAAGCAAUAUAUUUAACCCUGUAACUUUCCAAGUAACCAUAAAACCUGUACAUGGGGGGUACUGUUUUACUCGGGAGACUCCGCUGAAAACGAAUAUUAGUGUUCCAAAAUUUUCCUCGGUCAAUCGCUGCUUCCUAGUACUUGCGAGUACCAUAAGCACCGCACUGGAACACCAUAACCACCGUAAACCGCACGAACCACCGCAGUUUGGUUGGGAUCUCGCUGUCCUUCACUCACCCUGGACCCAAGACCAGGAUCCAGCUUCCAGUGGGUAGACCUCUCCUAGUCCAGAGAGCGUAGCAUGAACAGCUCUUAUAAGAGCUAGUGAUUAUACUCAGGGGAGUAUUGUGAUAUAGCAAUCCCCAGAGUGAAUAUAGUUCGCCAAGACUCCAUGAAGGGGUAAAGCAUUCUCUUUAAUUGUAGCUACAGCUGGCCUUUUAUGUAAGUCCUCAAACAAGGUGUAUGCCCACAUGGACCUUGUUGUGGACAGGGACACAAAGCUUACACACCAAUCAGAACAGUAAUUAAAUGUACGACACUCCCAUAACACAUACAAUCCCCCCCCUCUGCCUGUGAAAGAAUCUAGUCAGAUACUGUAUUAACCCAAUUAUCUCCAGGCAGAAAAAACACAUAUUUUACAAAGUCCCAUAAGUACCCCAAAACACAUAAUAUCCCCAUAAAUGUUAAACAUCAUAUCCAAAAAUCACCCAGAUCAGUUCAGGGGUUCAGAAAUUUUAUUGAAGUCAUGUAUUUGACAGACCGCAGGUCCCAUGCCCAAAAUACUUCCAGAAUCGGGGCUUGCGGUCGGUCUAGUUCGGUAGUUUGAAAACGAACAAACUAACGAACAGAGUCACUAGUCUUUCCCUGGAAGUUGUUCCCUUCAUUUAGAUGAAUGAUCUCACUGAACAGUGCCCUUCUAAGCCGAAUAGAAACAAACGCAGGUGAUGAUGGAAGUCCAGCGGUGUUCGGGAGUUUCUGUAUCCAAUUUCAGUUCCAUGAGAUUCAUGCUCAAACACCGCUGCCUGCGUUCAUGCGAACAAGAUGGCCGCCACCUCUUGGUUGUUCAAAGGAAUUAUGGCCACCCAGAUGAACCAUUAGAACACUGCGGUGAGAAAUGUUCCAAGUUGUUAAUAGGUGUUAAGAAGCUCCAGGGGGGUCUCUGUUCGUGCGGUUGCUCGGUAAGCGAAACAUAUAGUCCCAAUUGCACGAACAGAGACUGUUUUGAAGUAUUUUAGCCAGGCCUAUUGUAGGGGCCAUAGUCACAGGGUAGGAGGCUGGCAAACAGGCCCCUCCAAGAGCCAGUGACGAGGCUACUUUCGUCACAUACGUUUUACUGUUUUGAAACACUAAUGUUUGUGUUCAGUGAAGUUUCCCCAGUAUAAUAGUAACACCCAUGUACAGUUUUUGUGUGUUUUGAAAAGUUAGUCAAAUACAAGGCUUGCAUUUCAUUUUUUCCACAUUGAAAUUUGCUAGUAAUAUUGCAUUUGAGACCGUAUAGUAGCCCAGGAAUGAGAAUUACACCAUGAUGGCAUACCAUUUGCAAAAGUAGGCAACCAAAGGUAUUGCAUGUGGGGUAAGAUUGGACAUGCCCCACUUGCAAUACCUUGGGUUGUGUACUUUUGCAAAUGGUAUGCCAUCAUGGGGACAUUCUCAUUCCUGGGCUACCACGCGAUAUCAAAAUGUCAGGCGGAACUACAAAUGUUUUUAAAAACAAUCUUAAUUUCUCACAGUUUUUAUUUUAUUCAUAAUAAAUUAUGUUUCAAAAAUGAAUAGUUCAUGAGAAAUUAAAGCCCUGUUUCUCUGAACAAACUGAUAUAUAAGUAGUGUGGGUGCACUUAAUAUGAAAGAGGUGAAUUACAGUUGAACAGACCUAUAUAGCGCAAAUUCCAUUUAUUUUUUUUGAUCAGAACGUGUACUAUUGUCUCCUUCCUGAAGGGGUUAAACAUUAGGAGUAGACUGUAUUUAUAUCUAGAAUUGAAACACACGUACACAUAAUUUCUCAUGCUUUUGAACAAGCAAUGUUAGCCACUCUCCCACACACCUGAUUCACAAUUCUAAAUCUUACAUGAUAAGCCACUGUCAAAUCCACAUACUAAAUUAGCCAUAUUCCCUCACAAAUGCAUCCAAAUAAAGAGCUCAAACACCGAUUUAGCCUCAUAUAAUUAACCAUGUAUUUCCACUUGCACAUAACUAGUAAUUCACUCACAUGUUAUGGCAUAACGUGUCCUUUUAUGGUGUUUGAAUUUCAUUCUGAUGUGAUCUGCUCUUCUCAGUACACAGAAAUGCAUAGCACACAUACAUAGGCACAUGUUUUCUAAAGUAUUAUUCUCCCAAUUGUCUCCCUGCUGUUGGUGAUGAGUAGACUAGAGGGGCUGCCUUUAGUUGCUGUGGUAGCAAAGACCACUUUGGGGCUUCACUUGCUCUUCUGCGCAACAUUCUGAUUGACAGUGCUGACAGAAUGUGAUGUGAUAUUCUUUCCUUUUAAAGAGCAUGUUAUAGUUAUUGUCUUUUAGGAAGCACCAACGUGUAUUGCACAGUGCUUUACAAUGUUAUAAGUUUUGAAUUUAACAACAAAUUUUGACAGAAACAAGAAGUUGAUGAGGUCCAUGUCCAAGUUUAAACAAGCUUUCAAAUUGUAGGCCAAAUGAGUUAAAUCUUCUAAUUCCAUUCUUUCUCCCGGCUCUGCAAUUUUGGCCUUAAGAUUACAAUAUAAUUUUUAUCUCAGUUAAGUGAAUAAACCACCAUAUGUGACUCAGAUGCAGGUCAGAAAAGGAGCCUUCUGUGUAAGCAUGUUGUGAGCAGAAUUUUCAUGUGCUGAAAACAGAGCAUGGCUGAUGUGUACCAGGUCACUAGAAAUAGAUAACUUGUGCAAGAUAUCAUGUGCUCUGUAUGGAAUUGAGUUUAUCAUGCUUAUAACUUUAAGUAGUUAAAAGAGCAGAGUAAUUUGCAAUAAUGUGUUUUGAGAUCACAGAAGGAACAGUCACAUGUGUACUAAUCGUAAAAUGUUUCAAUUUAACAGAGAAGUAUCAGUAUGUUGGUCGACUUCUUAAACCAGGUGAAGAGCCAUCUGAAUAUACAGACGAGGAAGAUGUUCGAGACCAUACGAAACAGGAAUGAACUUUGUUGAAAACCAAAGUCAGGGUCCUUUUGGAAACUGCAACCUCUUCUCAUGAAUUAAAAAACAAGGACCUCGUGGGUACGACCUGUGCUCCAUUCUAUCGUCCAGAUUUUGUAUAAGGAAAUAAGGAUAAUGUGUAAUAUUGCAAAAGAAGAUUUUAAUACUAAGUAUUAUGGUCUUUACUGCCAGCCAUUCUCUCUUCCCUCUCUUAGCAAGCUGUACCUGUGAUUGGACAAUGUUACUGAAAGAUAAUGAUGGAAUUGUAUCAUUAUACUGAUAAUUAGUGAACUGUAUGGCAAAACGCUAAUUUUAAGCAACUGUUCUGAACUGUUGUUGUGUAACAGCGUUUUGUGUGGGUGUAUAGGGCGUAAAAAUCUAUACAUAGUGCUUGAACAAAUGACAAAUAUGUAGAUUCUUCUGAAAAAUUAAGUUGGCCUGUCCCUUCUAGUACCAUAAGACCCUGGCAGACCCUGUAUGCAAAUUAAGUAUUAUCUGUUCCGUCAGUUCGUUUGCAUAUAUCAAAAUUACGCCCCAUUUCCAUUCUUGACCUAUAUUUGCCUGUAAUUUUGCUAGCACAAUGCAUAUAAGUUUUAUGCUCUACAUACAUGCUGUUUAGGUGUCUGGUCCAGGAUAGCUUUUGGUGGCUGUAUAAGUGUUUGGGAGAGCUUGGAAGAGGAUAUGCUAGUUAUGUGGUAUUCUGGUUUCUCUGUGAUAAGUAGAGAAUUUGAACUGUGCUUUGUUUUCGUGUUUUGUUUUUUUUUUGCUUAUUUUAGGACUGAAAGUUUAGAUUAGUUGAAUAUUUUGUAGUUCAUGGAACUAUUAUUCAGUAAUUGGCAGCCAACCACGUACACUCCUUUUCUUUUAGGAUGAUUGUUAAGCAUUGUGGGUGGUGAGCUACUGUAGAUCAUCCCAGUUCUACAGAUUGUCACUAAGCUAAACUUACAGUGCUACUGUGUUUUAAUUUUUUUUUCCCCUUCUUCUCUACAUUCGUCCGAAUCAGUCUGCACUAAUUUAACCGUUGUUCAGGUGAGGUUCAUAAAUUGUUUUGUAAGUAGAUUUUUCACUAGCAACCCCACCAUCUCAUUUUGUUGUGUUGUUUUAAUUUUUUUUUGUUUAUUCUGAAUUCACUUCAGAUGAAGUAAUAAAAGGUCAACAAGUGUGGUCAGUUUUAAAAUCUGAUCCUUCUGAUGGUAAAAGGGGUUCUAAGUCCACAUUUAUUAAAGGCAACCUUUUCAGCACAUGGUAGGAUAGUGUUAGUCUGCACUCCUUUCAUCAAAUCAAUGUGAGCUAUUUUACUGCUGCAGCCAACAUCUGCACUGUAUCUCACUGCAGAUCAGUUCAGUAGCAAAGUAGUUAUUAUGUGCCUUACUUCUUCUAAAGACUUGAAUUGCUUUAAGGGAAACGACACCCCAGUAUGUAUUAGUUCAAAGUCACUACAAGCACCUUUGAUACUGAAGUUGAUGUUCUGUACUGACUGGAAAGCCUUUGUCAUUCUGCGUAAAUGGAAUGUAAAAAGGAAUAUUCAGUGUUACUGCCAUAUAUGUUAACAUAAAAGGUAACAUGUUAUUAUGGCCCAAACAUCCCAGCCACCUUAGCAGUGCUUUAUUUUGUUCAACAACUGCAAGACAAUUUGGAUGGUCAUGUUUGUUUUGUAGUAUGUAUGGUUGUGAGUGUGCAUGAAUGUUUGAGACACGUGUGAGAGGGGGUUUUCAGCAGAAACUGUGUAAAUAUAGGUGCCAUUUUAAUAAAGCAUGUAAAAUAAACCAAAAGCAGAAGACAAACUUCCUCUGAAACACUGAAAUUGUUUGUAUUUCUUACUCUUUACAAUUUUUUUUAUAUGGUAAUGUCAUUCACUGCCGUCUGGUCUUUGAUUAGUCACUAUUGUUCUGCUGCAUAUUAAAAUGAUUUUUGGGGGUUCUGGGGGUUAUGACUUUGGGGUAUUUGUAUGUCUGGUCAGUGUGGGUUUUUGUUUUGUUUUUUUGGGAGGUGGGCGGGGGGCAAUAUCUUAUGUUGCCAUGGAAGAAAAAUAACAAAAACACAUGUUUUAAGAUCUUCCAGUAGGUGAGCCACUCAUUCCAGCUUCCAAGCAAGUAUAACUCUUUUAUAUUAACCGUAUUUGUCAUAACUGAUAGUGUUACAUUGCGAAUAAUACAUUCCAUUAAAGGAACACAUCAAGCACAGUAACUACUACAACCUGGUAGUGGUUAUGGUGCCAGGAAUACCCUGGUGCCCUCCUUGAGUACGUAGUUGACAAAUUACCUUGGGUCCUCUGAGUGCCUGCUGCCUUCUCUGCAGUUAGGAGUUCCUGGUUGAGCCUGGACACCGUCUGCUAGUGAGCUGGCCCUGCAUGGCAGGGCUCGGCUUAGUGGAGCUAACAAACUCCUUGCAGUAGCUUUUCUCCAGUGGAGGUGGUAACAGGUGUCUGGUGGACUCCAGGUACAUUGUCAAAUCAUUCUUAAACGGUUUGACUACUUACCCAGGGGCACUCAUGGCUCCAUAAUUAGUACAGAAGGCCAUUUCAUGAAGGGGAAACCCUAUCCAUAGAUGUGUACAUUUGUCUUUUGCAAAGUUCACUCUCAAACAAUUACUAUCCCCGUGCACGUAACUUCAACCUAAAAAAAAAAAAAAUUGUCUCACUUCCUUAUAAUUCUGCACACCUUCUCAUUGCACAUACAAUCUAUUUAUAUAGCCUAUUAUUGUUAAUACUGUUUGACAUGUCCUAAUAACAUUUAUUGGCACGCAAUGUGAACGCUAGUUUUUAAAGGGGUUUUCUAAGCACCAAAACAACUUCAUAGAUCAUGCCACGGCUUAAUUUCUCAUUUUUAAUUUUGUUGAUGCAGCCCUGCCUGCGAUUCCUGCAGCUUUCAUUAAAACAUUGUUUCAUUUUCAGAUCUUACAGCAUUUGUGUGCUCUAGAUAUUAUCUUCUGCUUUUUUGACAUUCUUUAUUUUAUCAUGCAGAGAUAUACACACAGCUCUUUGUAACCUAUGAACCAAAUUAUUUAAAGCAAGAUAAAUGACAAGUAUGUAGUGGGAUUUUUUUCUAGAAAUUAAACUUAACAUGCGUAGAAUGCUAAUGGAGACAUUUUGUAAGUUGCACAGGAAUUAAAGCUCAAGAACAUACCAUAGUAUAUUGUGAGAAAGGGGGGGGGAAAAACACUGGAAACAUGUCCUGUGCAUGGAAUGUAAGCUGAAAAGCCAAUGUAGGUCAUUAUCCAACUCCGGACACAUAACUGCGGUAUGCCCAGCAUCCCAGCUAGUCUCCCCACCAGCUCCAGUGAUCCAAUGCACCGUGCUCAAGGCACCAGCUGAUUCCAGUGACAAGUGCAGACUCUCCAGAACCUCUCCCAGAGAGUUGUCUCUCAUACAGGCUAUGGACUCCCAGAGGAAGUGAACAGUGCGUGGGGUGACAAACCCAGGUGGCUCAUAAGCCAGGUAAGUAGUGAGAUAACUGGGGCCUCUUCCUCCAUCUUGGCAACUCAUUAAUAUUGCCACUCCUAGCAGGCUUCAGUCGCCGAGGGGUUCUUGGCCCAAGUUGGUUGGCAGCGGAGUGGUUAGUUUAGCACUUUGGGGUCCUGGCUGGAGUCACUCUGACCCUACACUGUGUUGCUCUCGCUAGGGAGUCUUCCUUCUGCUGAGGUAGUCUGCUCCAAAAGCUCUGAAGCAUCGCUUAAAGCUUCAUUAAGGUAUUAUCUACAGAGUGGCAAGGUGCCUGCUGGGGAUUGCGUAUGCCCUGUAUAUCGGGUGUUGGAGCGUCUGCAAUUCUGUGUGUGCGAAAUGGGGUCUGCGUGCAGCUCAGAAUAGGUUUAUGUAGCUAGACCACUCUAGUUAGGCCAGUGGGGACUGGAAUAACCCCUGCCUGUCCAGAGGGGGUGGUAGGUGUUUAGUGGUACAGUAUAGCAAUCAGAUGAACAGGUAGAUCGGCCGCCUUUCCCCCACUCCAUCUGCAGCAGGCCCAAGCUGAGUUUCUCGGGUUUCCGGUGGAGUUCAGUUUAAAAUCUUUGUGCUUGUCCAGAGAACCCCUUACUCUGGUGUUGCACUUGAGUGGGUUCAGCAGUGUGUUGGCCGCGGUUAGCAACCCCAAACUGGCCAGAUAAGGAGCUUGUGCACCACGCGUCUUGUCUGCCUGACAGUCAGGCCCCUCCCCCCUUCUCCCCUCUUUUAAAUAAACUUUAAUCACAGACAUCGGGCUCUAUCAAUCUAUUAACAGAGUAUGAGGUGAGAAACCCUACGUUAAAUAUGCUGUGCAAUACCAGAAGUUUAACUAUUAAAUCAGAGAACUGAGCAGUGAGACUGCACAGGCAUGAUCUAUUAAGCUAAACUCCCAUAAGCUACACUUGUUUCCGUUCUAAGUGUCCCUUUCAAAACUGGAAUUGAGAGAGAGGGGUUGCUUUUGCUGGCAUGACUCAGUGAUCUUUGCCCCCCAGGGAAGUUCAUCUACAUGCUUAAAACUCUUGCUAGCUUUAGCCCAAUAGGAAACCGUUUAGCUAUAGUUUGCUGAACAUAACUCAGUCCAUGUUUGUAAAACAUAUAAAAGUGGGAUAAAAAGCUGGAAAUGUGCAUUAGUGGGAGAGAGAAAUAAAUUGUAAUACCAUGGGGCGAAAAAUAGAAUUUCUUGCAGCUAAAGCAUUUGUUCGAAUUGCUUUUUUUUUUUGUUAUAUAUUUUGUGGGCUAUUGCUGUUCAUAAAACGGGAACAACACAAGGAAAAUGCUGUCCUUUUAAAUAUAUACCUUCAUCCAGCAUUUGUAAAGUUAGAGGGAAACUGUUAUUUCUCUAGAAUUUACACCACUGAAUAAAACAAUAGAAAUCACCCAUAACUUGCAUUCACCCUUUUCUCGUAGUGCAUUGGCUAAAUUUUAAAAGGAAUGGAGCAAGCCUAGGUCAGGUACGGUAAAGCUUGUAAGGAAGAGGAGAAAUAAAACAUUUGAGUUCCUGAGUGCUGUAUAGAUGUAAAAGGGAUUGAAUCACUCAUGGGUCGGGUCUACUAGAUCCCAUGGCACUUGCAUCCUUAUUAGUGCUUUGCACCACGUUCCAGAAGACAACACAACUGGUCCAGUUACUUACGGGUUUAUUUCGUUCAGUGAAGAUAAACUCAAGAGGAACACCUGCCUUGCAAAGACAUGCAAUUGAGCUGCAUUGCAAAGUCUGUUAUUGGACAACCACAGAAAGUCUGGGUGGAGUUAUAAGGGGAGGACUUGCAAAGACUUCCAAAAAAUAGAUUUACAGAUUUUGAAUGUUGAUUUAAAUAAACACAAAAUGAAAUGCAUAAUUAAAUCUAUUAUUAUAUCUAUUAAACAGAGAUUUAUCUUAUUGGAUUUGGGCAGUGGAGUUUCCCUUUAAAAAUCCUGGGAAGUGACAGUUCCCUUUUAAUAAUGCUCGCUUGAUUGUAUGUAGGAAGAAACUAUGCUAUAGUUCAGUUAAGCAGCAACUAUGUGAAAAAAAUGGCCUAGUCAACAUGUAUUUCUCCUUGCUAUCCCUAAGGUAAGCUAGUGCUUAGCAUUCUGAAGAACAAGCAAGUGUUACUUUCUUCAAUAGACAUGCACACUUGAACAUGGUUUUUUUUUUUUUUCUUCACCCUACAAAGGUCCUUGCUAAAUUGAUUAUAAACUAUACACUGGAUGAUAUGCAUUAAAGAUAAUUCACAGAUAUUUGUAUGAUUAUAAUCUGUCCGUUAUGCCCUUUGUGACAAGGGGUAGGCAUAUGCCAUGUUAUGAUGGUGUUGGUACAUAAAGAAGGAAUUAGAAUUACCGAAAGACAUAUUAUAUAUGUGAAUGUUGAAAAAGUAAUGUCAGAAGUAUAACUUACUGCAGCAAAUAAAAACAAUUAAACAAA